AUGGGAAAUUAUAAUUUUUUAAAAGUUGUUUUAUUUAUCUUUUCAAUAUGGAUAUGCUUAUAUUAUAAUAAUGAGAAUGGAAUUGAGAAAUCGUUGAGUAGGAUAGAGGAUGCAAGUGGUUUAUCAAGUCGAAAUUUUUAUCGUAUUUUAUCUGAAAGGGAGUGCAAAAAAAGAAAAUCUUCAAAGCGGGUUAAGGAAUUAGACGAAGAAAAUGACGACGAUAAACAGCAUGUAAUAAAAUUAACAAUUGACAUUUCACAUGAUAAAUUAAUUGCAGUAGCACUUGUUUUUGGAACAUUAUUAACAUUAUUAAACCUAGCAUUCGCUACAUAUUUGUUUCUAAAUAAACAAAAUGUGUUUACAUAA